AUGUCUUCAAAAAAUGAGAAUAUUCUUUUCUGGUUCUUUGAAUCGAGGAACACAGACCCUUCAGAGGCUCCUCUGACGGCAUGGAUCAUAGGCCUGCCUUGUGGAGUGGAUAUCGAUGGCAAGGCGUAUAGCAAUCCAUAUCCAUGUUUCAAAGCCAGUAACAUGAUCUAUAUUGAUCAGCCGACCCAGGUGUGCCCAAAAGUCAUCCCGUUCCUGUCGAUGGCUACACCGAUCCCAACUCGCAAGCCAGUGGAAAAUUGCAAGAACCAAGUUGAUUCCCGUACAGGAAUGGCUGGUAUGACCCUUACAUCCAGCAUCAGGAAUAUUACAACUUUACACACCUUGUCCUCGAAUGCGGUCUACGGAGCUUCCACUUCGACGGGUAAUGAUAGCCGCGAAUAUGAGACUGUUAGUGCUCUAAGGAAAUCGCUGCAGCAGGGUAUCACAUCUAUGCUUUAUGCCAGAGAUGCUGAUUGA